GUUAGAAUUAUCUUAGACACUGAAAAUCACUCGUGUAUAUGUAUUACAAUAAUACAUAAAUAAAUAAUACAAUAUAUAAAUAAAUAAAUAACUAUAAAUAUGUUUGAAAUAACGGAUACACAGAAAAUCGGAGUAGGUCUAGCUGGCUUUGGAAUGUUUUUUCUUUUUCUAGGAGUACUGUUAAUAUUUGAUAAGGGUUUGUUAGCAAUAGGAAAUCUUUUAUUCAUCUCGGGAUUAGGAUGUGUGAUUGGACCAAGAAGGACACUGAGUUUCUUCUUUCAAAGGCAUAAACUAAAAGCCAGUUUGGCAUUUUUAGGAGGAAUUAUUGUUGUUCUAAUGGGGUGGCCUCUUAUUGGAAUGAUAUUAGAAACAUAUGGAUUCGUUUUACUCUUCAGUGGAUUUUUACCAGUUGCGAUAAAUUUUCUACGUCGAGUACCUGUCCUAGGAACAUUUUUAAACAUGCCAGGAAUCAGUAGAGUAAUGGACAUGCUUGCUGGCGAUUCUAAUAGAACAACUGAAUUUUAACAUAUCGGAUGCCUAGCGUGAAAUUUAUAUCAUUAGAUCACGAAUUCAUUCCAAUUAUUUUUUAUUUAUCAUUAAUAAAAAUUAAUUAUCACUCAACAAUUAAGAGAUUUAUUUUAAUUGUUUAUUAAUUUUUUAAAAAUACAACAAUAGUACAAUUAUUCCUUGAAACUAAAAAAAUAGCAGAUACUUACGAAUUUUUAUUUAUCAUACAAUCGACCUCGAUCUCGUGACCUCUAAUAGAUAAUGAUAUUAAAUGUAGAACGAACUACGAUGAUAAAUUACUAUUUGUUGCGUAGAAAAAAACAUUAAUCAAAUAAAGUAGGUAAUUAAUAUAUUUAUAAAUCAAUUUAUAAUUAAAAUUGUUUCUCAUUUUUACAGCGCGAACUUAUGAAACUUUUUUUUUAUUAUUGAUAAAAUUUUAAAAAUAAUCAGCUCUUCUAGACUUCCUAUUAAAAUAAUUUAAAAGAAUUCAUUCGAUUAAUAAUUAAUAUUAAAUAUGAUCCUGAAAUUGACAGACGACCAACAAUUUUUGAAUUUUUUUUUCACCAAAUCUAAUGCAAAAAAAAAAAUAAAUAAAAAUAUGCACAUGUAGAAAAUUAAAAAAACCAUAGGUGCAAUUUUUUCAAAUAUUUUCUUUUUUUAAAUUUAUCAUUUAGAAAAAUAAUCAAUUAUUAAACGUCAGCUAACUUCAGUAUCAUUCUUAAAUCUGUUUUUUGACUUAAAAUAUUCUGGGUCACGAUUGAAAAACUCCUUUACUAUUUUUAAAAAUUUGUAACUACCAAAAAAUUUUCUUAAAAUGAAUCUCAAAAAAAAAUUCUGAUUAAAAUCACCAGCUACAAAAAACAAUACAAAUUUUUCAUUUUUUCUGACUGGGAUUAAAAUUUAAUUUCUAGCUUGAUUUCCACUAUGACAUAUGAGGGCUAUGUAUCUUCAUAAAUUUAUAAUUAUUUCAUAAUAAAAUAUUUUACUAAAGACAAGUUUUAUCUAAGGGAUAAAAUAAAAACACAGAAAUUGUACUUCGACUUUUUAUUAUUGAUUUUCAAUAAACAUGCAUACAUCUUAACAUAAACAGAUUAGAUGCAUACACUUAGACAUAUCUGUAAAGCGAAGUAUUAAAAUUUUAUAUUUUUUUUUCCAGUAAUCAUCCCCCUAAACUCGGUGUACUGUUCACGGAUACUGUUAAUAAUUAAAGAUGAUCUCGUUUUUUUUUUUUUUAUUAAUUAAA